AUUGGGAAUUGUUACGAUGACGUAUCGCCACUACUGUGAUUGCGUUCCAUACUUAGAAAGCAAAGAAAUAAUAGAUGCAGAGUCAGUGAAAGGUGGUGGUUCAUUUUACCAGAUCCAAACCACGGCUUGAAUAAUACAGAAACUUUUCUUUCAGCACCGUGGACAGCAGCCCAGCCGACCCACGGUGAUUGUUGAUGCAUAGCGUUAUGGCACAGACGAACAGCUUUCAUCGACUUUUUUUGAUGGCACUAUGCAGUAUGCUGUGUACCAGAACCACGAGUCUACCUGCUGUCGCCGCAUACUCAGUCAGGUCAGGGACUGUUGAGACAGAUGGGAAGGGUGACUGGGAGCAGAGUCUGUCAAUAAAUGACAUGGAAAACCUUAAACUUCUCUAUGAUAUAAUUGCAAGACCAACAAGACAUGCAGAUGGUCUCUUCACAAGUGGCUACAGCAAACUUUUAGGUCAGCUUUCGGCCAAGGACUACCUUGAAUCCUUGAUUGCAAAGCGAGUCAGUAAUGACCUCAUGGAGGACCAGUUUCCAGUAAAACACCACUCAGGCGCCGUGUUUUCAGACAACUACAGCCACUACGGAAAACAGAUGGCCAUCAAGAAAUACUUGAAAUCAGCGCUGUCAAACAAGAGGAGCUUGGAGGAACCUACUAUUCCAGAAUUAUCCAUUAGGAGCGAGCCUUCCUCACAGCAAACCAAUGAUGACGUCUCAAUUCAUGAACUCCUCAAUAGUCUUUCAUUGGUACAACCCUCUAAGGAAUAUCUUCUAAAGUGAACGAACGAACGGCAAAGCCAGACAAAAUUACAUUUGACCAUUAUUAUAUGUCAUGUCAUUUUUUUGUUUGAAUUAAAUCGUUAUUUUGCCUCGCGGUACAUUUCAUGAAAUAGCUGUGUAGCUGAGUGAUAAUCACAAAACAUGUAUAUUACAUCGUCAUGGGAGUAUUGCAAACGCAACGCAUCCUAAAUGACAUGACAGUAAAAGCAUUAUCUUUGGCCAGUACACUGGAGAUUUGCAAUGUUGUUUAAAUGCAUUCACCAGUAUAAUAAUAUAUAGUACAUAUGCCAAAUAAUGUGUUACAUGCAUUACAUUUGAUUCGUGUAUCCAGUAUUGUGUAUUAUUUGUCAGUGUUGCAAUGUGUGAAACUACAGACAUUCCUAAUAGAUUGAGAUAAUAACGGAGAUGGUUGCGUUAAGACAUCCCAGCACCCAAAAGACUUGAGCACAGAAAGAAGUUAAGGAGCUUGAAAACAUUUUUAGUGUGGAUGAUACAGACUAAAACCCUUAGUAGGUGGCACUGCUGAUUUAUUUACUGCAUGGCAACAUCAGAAUAGUCUAUUGUUAUUGAAAGAAAAAUAAUAAUAAUAUGGAUGUUUGUUUUUAGUGUCAAUAAAUACUGUCAAUUAUUCACCCCU